AUGGAGCACCCGUGGGUCACGAAGAACGGAAAGCAGCCGCUGCGGGUGACGCACGACGCGAGCGCGCGGAAUUCGGUCACCUCCGCGGAUGUCCUCGCGUCAAUCGGCGACGUCGGGAACGCGUCGUUUUCGGUCGAGUCGUUCUUCGCGCAAAAGGCUGCGACCGCGCGGACGUUCAAGAGAGGGGAGUACUUAGUCCGGCAAGGUGAGCGCGGGAGCAGCGAGAUGUUUUACAUCGAGGAGGGCGAGGUCGAGGUCGUGACGAAGAGGAGGGCGGCCGGGGGCGGCGGCGGCGCCGGCGGCGGCGGCGACGAAAAGGAGGAAGAAGAAGACGAGGACGACCACUUCGACGACGACAUCAUGUCCAUGGCGAUGAUGAACGUCGCGGAAGAGGAGACCCCCGCAUCGGAAGAGCGGAACGCGCGCGACGACGAGAGAGAGAACGCCGCCGGGAAGAGAGAGGAGGAGUCGAAGAAGAAGAAGAAGAAGAAGAAGAAGAAGAAGAGUCGCGGCGGCGGAGGAGGAGGACUUGGAUUUUUUUCGUGCUGCCUCGGCGGAAAAAACGCCUCCCCGGCGACGACGCGCGAACCGUCCGAUUCCGACCCUAAACGACGCGACGACGACGCAAUGACGAUCGCGGACGACGUCUUCGAUGACCUGCGAGUGAUCCGAUCGCCGCACAGCAUCAACGCGUUGAUCGCGCGACGAGGUCCCGGCGACGUCAUCGGCGAGAUGUCGUUGUUGACCCCGGGGCCGUCGGCGCCUCGAAGCGCUUCCGUGCGCGCCGUCUCCGAGACGGUGAAGUGUUCCGUGAUUUCGAAGGAGAGCUUAGGGGAGAUCAACCCGGAACUCUUAGAGGAGCUCAGGUUGGGGGCGACGGAGCGCGAGAGCGAGCUGCUGUUAGGGCAGACGCGUCUGAAGCUGGGGAACUACCAAGCCCCGAAUUAGUCUAAUUACUGUAGUGGAAUCCAUCGGAUGUAU